AUUCCCUGUUCUAAUAAUAGUAGGAGGAAGUUUAAGAUAAAAACCCAGACGCAAACCCUUCUUUGAAGUAUUGACAGCAAAACUGACAUUAUAAGGAAAUCUUUUAAAAUGGUAGUUUUGUUUUAGAUAAGAUUGCAUCAAUAUGGCGACUGGAGUUUUAGGGAUACAUUUCAUACCAUCUGAUGGAUAUCACUGGGCAGAAUUUUUACAACAGAAACUUAAUGAAGAUGGAUAUAAUAUCAAAAGUAUGCUUUUGGAUCUGACAUCUACAAGUCAUUCUCGUUUCUAUGAAACAAACGUUCUUUUAGUUAGUCCUGACUUUUUUAGUCUCCAGCAUUUGAAAGCUUUACACCGAAUAAAUCCGCAAAGAGCAAUAAUGGUACUUCUGGGAACUACUGCAUCAGACAUUCAGUCAUUUCUGUCUCACAAUUGCCCCGAAAUGUUGAAAAUUACAUUUUUUGAAACUCAAGCGACUGAGGAAUGUGUUCGUGCUUUAUUGAUUGGCAUUAUUAAGUUAUACGAACAUGUGCACGAGGCGAGUGACGAGGAGACAGAACAAUAUGACACACUGCCGCCACCAAGACAACCUCCUGGAACGUCAACAAAUAGCAUCCACAAAGUCGCAGUAUCAUUUGAUAAUAACAUUAGGGAAGUUUUUAUUCUUUGUGAUAGAAAAGGCAGUGAUGAAAUACAGAUAGAAUUGUUGAAUCGACACGGACAAAUAAAAGCUAUUCACGAAAAUAAAGCUAUAUAUAGAUUCUCAGUUGACACAGAUAUAGCUAAGACCAAUCCAAAAUUUAUAGCAAAAGAUGGCCAACUGACGAUUGGAACAGGUCAAGUUGUAAUUCCUCAGUCUCAAUGUGUAAAACCUGAGUCACAGGAUAAGAUUACGCGCUCAAAAUUAGACAUUUUACAAGAAAUCCUUGGUGAAGAAAAGGACCCAGUCUGUCUCAUGUGUCAAGCACUUAAUAUAGAGGAAAGAACUAGAGAGGCAUUGGAUAUGAACCUGGCGAAGAAAUGUCAGAGUCUUGAACCUCUUCGAAAAUUUGAUGGAGGGUUUUUUGAUAAUAUUGGUCGUCGAAGUUCAGGUCACAGCAACGAAAAAUGGCCAACAUUAAUCCACUUCGCUGCAGAAUUUAAUCUACCUCAAUUUUGUGAAGAAUUACUCAAAUUACCAUGGAGUAUGGACGCAUGUUUGAAAAUGAACAAAAAUAAUGAAGCUCCACUUGAUAUAGCAAAACAAAAAAGUUUCAAUGAACUAGUCAAAAAAUUGGAAAAUUUUCUUGAAAAACAAACAAAAAGUGGAAAUGUUCCAGGUAAUAAAGACAGUGGAGUUGUAGAAGAUGAAAUUAACCUUCCAACGAAAGACGAACGUUUAAGUACAUCGGAAUCUUACACAGAUAUGUCAGAGAUAGCCAAACGAGAAGAAAUUAACCUUCCGACGAAAGACGAACAUUUAAGUACAUCGGAAUCGUACACAGAUAUGUCAGAGAUAGCCAAACGAGAUAAAAUUAACCUUCCGAAGAAAGACGAACAUUUAAGUACAUCGGAAUCUUACACAGAUAUGACAGGGAUAGACAAACGAGACUCAUUUAGCGAGAAGAAAGAAACACCACCACCAUCACCUCACCCACCACCAACGUAUAUGAAUACUAGAGACAUAAGUCCUUCUCGUUGUCCAGGACCACCACUUGCACCUAAGCCUCAUGUUUCACAGCCUAAAUUUAGUGGUGAUUCAGACACACAGAGUGAAUACAUGGCUAUGGAUGCAAUAGGGACAACUAAGUCGGCCCCGAAUCUUCCAGCAAUUCAGGUGCAACAUGUGCCUACAAGAUCAGUGUCAGAAAGUCAAUAUCAAAGCGAUGAAGACGAGGAAUAUGAUUAUCCGGUAGAGUUUGACUUGCAAUCAACUGGAAGCUCCAGUUCAAAUCUCAAAUUAUUAUCAUCUCAACCAAUUAUACACGAGGAUAUUCAGCUUCCAACACAUUCCCAUCCCCAUGGAGAACGACACAGUGGAUUUUUCAAAAAGUUCAAGAUAUUUGGAAAAAAACAUAAAAAGGACCAAAAGCCACCAAAUCGAGACCGAAAGAUGUCAUUACCUACAGAAAUGGACCUGAAAGCAUUCCAGCAGACGAGAGCUGGAGGAAGAAGAGGCAGUAUUCCUACAGCUCAGGUUAAUAGAGACAGUAGUUCGAGUACAUCAAGUGGUGAAAUUAAUGUAAUGCAUACCAGAGAAGACAAAUCUAAGUCUUUGGAUCCAUUCGAUGAUGCUAACCGCAGAAAGAAAAAAAAACAUUUUCUCAAUAAAGAUACAAGGAAAUCCAUGAGAAUAAACAAAGUCAUUGAAGAUAAAAUAAAUCCACUUCCGCUUCCCCAAAAGUCAAAGAAUAAAUCAUCACCAUAGAUAUAAGCAAGAUUUUGACAAGUUAUCAUGUAAAAAUGUCCGCAGUGAAAGGAAACAUUCUCAUAAAUUUUGUAAUAACAAAAAAGUCUACAAGGAAAAAUGCACAAAGUUUAUCCACCAUACAACUGUGGUAAUUUAUACCGAGGAAUACAUUCUACAAACCAGUUGUCAAAAGGACGGUUUCGAUCGAGCAUGAUUAGUUUUAAGAAUUUUAACUUUUAAGCAUUCUUAAAAUGUAAUUGCAUCAAAUUAAUUGAGACGUGCUAUGCUUCCUUAAUGUUAUUAACAUGUUACCUAGACUUUCUGCUUUGUAUAGUAACUAUGCAUAUGAAUUAUUUACUGGCAGUAUUACAAUAAAAACUAGUUGACACUGUAUAUAUAUUUAGUUUACAUAAAUGUGAUUUUUUUUCUAUUUAUUCACAAAUGUAUAUAUGUAAUAUUAAAACAGUUGCUGUAAAUAUGUAUAUAUUUGUAUUGCCAAUACACAGUACAACGUCCUAUGAUGAAUACGUUUACCUUGUUAUUAUUAAAAAUAAAGAUCUUA